AUGGUCCUUGAGACUCUUCCUGAGAUGUUUUCACAAUUUAUAGUUGAUUAUAAUCUACACAAGAUGGACAUGUCCCUGACGGAAUUAAUGAAAGAGCUCCAAAAUGCUGAAUCUAUUCUAAAGGCUAGAAGUGGAAAUACUUUCACUGUUACAACCGGACCCUCUCAUCCUAAGCUUUCUGGCAAAGGGGAAGAAAACUACUGCCGACGGGAAACCAAAGGGAAAGAAACCAAGCAUCUCAGUGAAGAUGAUUACACUCUUAGGGUUUGCACAGGAGCAGUGGUAUCUGCCAAAGCUGUUGGCACUUUUACUUUAUGUUUUGAGAAUCCAAUAUUAGAUGACUGUUAUUAUGUUCCCGAACUUACACGAAACUUGGUUUUCGUUGCACUUUUAUAUUAUGUUGGUUAUUCGGUACUUUUUACCCGUUCUACGAUGGUUAUUAAAUUGGGUCAUAUCAAUCUAAAUAGGAUUCAAAGAUUGGUAAAGGAUGAUCCUUUAAAUGAGUUAGAGGUGGAAUCUAUACCAACUUGUGAAUCAUGUAUAGAAGUAAAGAUGACUAAGAGGCCCUUUAAGGCUAAGGGACUAAGAGCUAACGAGGUUUUGGAAUUAGUACAUUCCGAUGUUUGUGGACCUAUUAGUACUCGGGCUAGAGGAGGAUAG